AUGGUUGGAGCUUUGAUCGGAGAGGCUUUUAUCUCUGCUUCCAUCCAGGUGUUGUGUGACAGAAUUACUUCACGCGAGUUCAUCGACUUAUUUCGGCAGAAGAAACUGGAUCAACCUCUCCUCAUGAAACUGAAGGUGACACUGUUGACCUUGAACGCAGUGCUCAAUGAUGCAGAGGAGAAGCAAAUAGAGAACCCGGCUGUGAGAAAGUGGCUUGGCGAGCUCAAGCAUGCUGUCUUUGAUGCGGAGGACUUACUGGAUGAGAUCAACUAUGAAGCUUUGCGAUGCAAGCUCGAAGGUGAAGGUCAAAUCGACAAUUUAACCAAUAAGGUGUGGAACUUCCUAUCUACUUCUCAUAACCAUUUUUAUCAGAGCAUGAAUGUUAAGAUACAAGAGUUAUUACAAAGAUUAGAAGACUUUGUACAGCUGAAAAGUGCUCUUGUUGAUGCUAGGGAUGCCUUGCAAGGCAAUUUGAAGGAUAAGAAAGAUCUAAAAGAGUUAAAGUUGAAAUGGAGUGAUGAGGAUGCAGAUGAUUCCCUAAAGGAGAAAGAUGUACUUGACAAGCUCCAACCUUGCGUGAAUUUGGAGAAACUAACUAUUAGAUCCUAUGGUGGAACCCAGUUCCCUAAUUGGUUAGGAGACUCGUCCUUCUCUAACAUACAAGUCAUGUGUCUCAAAGAUUGUAGUUACUGUUGGUUGAUGCCACCAAUUGGGCGGCUACCUGCUCUCAAGAAGCUCAAGAUAAAAAGGAUGAAACUUGUUAAGACGAUUGGUGUUGAGUUCUAUGGAAGAAAUGAAGGUUCCCCAAUUCAGCCAUUUCAAUCUUUGGAGAAGCUGCAGUUUGGGGAAAUGGCAGAGUGGGAGGAAUGGGUACCAAGUGGAAGUGGAAGUGGAGGUGAAUAUGGUCCAGACUUUCCUCGUCUCCAGGAGCUGAUUCUAAAAGAUUGUCCGAAGCUUAGAGGAAGCUUGCCCUUGGCUUGUCAUAUGCCUUGCUUGAAGAAGCUUUGGGUGACUGGGUGUGGGGUUUUACAUGAUCAAAGGGCCACCACUACUACUACUUCUAGUUUUAAAAUGGACUCCUACAAAUCUCUUGAAGAAUUGUUUAUCGGUGAUGUAUACGAAACAGGUCUGUUACCAUUCCCAGAGAUACUAUUGCCCAACCUCAAUUGUCUUCAACAUUUGAGUCUCUGUGAUUGUCCAAACCUGUUGUCGUUCCCUGAAGAUGGUCUACCCACUACGCUGGCAUCGCUUGAGAUAGUCAAUUGUAGGAGAUUAGAAUUCCUACCUCAUCAGAUGAUGGCCAAGUUGACCUCGCUAGACAAUUUGCAGAUAUAUUAUAGCUGUGAUUCAAUGAGGUCCUUUCCGUUGGGCAUUUUUCCCAAAUUGACGUCGCUUUACAUUUGGGAGUGUGAGAAUCUGGAAUCCCUUUCCGUUGAAGAAGGAGUUGUUGAGAAUCUCAGUCAUCUCAGAACUUUGUAUAUCACAGGCUGUCCAAAGUUGGUGUGUUUUCCGGGAGAAUUGCCCGCUCCCAACUUGAAUGACUUUACAGUCCGUGAAUGCCAGAAUUUGCAGUCAUUGCCCGAACGCAUUCACACCCUCACAGGUCUUCAACAUUUGGGGAUAAGGGGUCUUCCAAAUCUUGAGUCAUUUGCAGAAGAUGGGGGUUUGCCUCCCAAUCUCCGAGUUUUUCGCCUUGAGAAUUGUGAGAGACUGAGGCCUUCAUCAGUGGGAGAGUACUGGGGUUUGCAAGGACUCGUCUCCCUUGAAGAAUUUAGCAUUGGUGGUAGGGGAAGUGGGGAUAUCUUGGAGACGUUGCUUCUGGAACAGCUGCUCCCUACUACUCUUCGCACUCUCCGCAUCUGGGGACUUUCAAGUAUGAAAUCUUUGGAUGGUAAGGGACUUGGACACCUCACUUCUCUUCAAAGCCUACAUAUUAGUGGGUGUGACAGUAUCCAAUUCCUGCCAGAAGAGGGUUUGCCUCCAUCUCUUUCUUUCCUGAGAAUCUCCCAAUGUUCUGCCCUGGAGAAAAGGUAUCAGAAUAAGGCUGGAGAAGAUUGGGCCAAGAUAUCUCACAUUCCUUGCAUCAGGAUAAAUGAUGAGGUCACUAUAUGA